AGGGGUUUUUGUGGCAGCAGAGAAGUUAGGCUCGAACCGGAUGCAUGCUCCAGCUUGACGGCUGGACUGACAUAAGAGGCAGACCGCACUUGAAUGUCAUGGUCUCCUUUCCGACCGGUGUGCUUUUCUGGAAGUCGCAUUGCAUGUCAGGCAAGGAGAAGGGAGCAGCAGCGUACUUCUACAUCUUAUCUGAGUCGAUUCGCGAAGUUGGCGAGAAGAGUGUUGUUGGAGUGAUAAUGGACAACGCUGCCGUGUGCGCGAGAGCUGGUAGAUUGGUGGAGGAUACAUUCCCGCUAACCUUCCAUGUGCCAUACGUUGCGCACUGCCUCGACUUGAUGCUGCACGACAUUGGGAAGAUAGAGUGGGUCGCUGAAACGGUGACGAAGGCGAACGACAUGGUGAAGUUCGUCAUGAACCACCAGCGAGUCAGGGAUGUUUACUACAUCCAUACAGGUGGAAGGCAGUUACUGCGACCCGCGGCAACGCGUUUCGCCACCAACUUUCACAUGCUGGACCGCUUGAAGAAGCGGCGAAAAGCGUUGGUGGCUAUGGUCACAGACGACAUGUGGACAGCGACGUUGGUCCCCCAUGCGCAGCGCUCGACCCUCCACGAGAUGGAAGACAUCAUACUCGAUGCAGCAGGUUUUUUGGAUCUUGUGAACAAGGCAAUCAAUGCCGUUUACGACAUUGUAUUGUUGCUGAAACUGGUGGAUGGCAACGGUCCGACCAUCAGCAAGGUUUAUGCGAAGAUGGACAGGAUAGUGGAGCGCCUGCAAGUUAACAAGGACCUGACAGUGGAUCAGCGGGACGAGAUCGAGGUGAUGGUCAUGCGCAAAUGGAAUGCCAUGACCACUCCCCUCCAUUGUGCAGCCCUGUUCCUGGAUCCAGAGUACAGGUCAUCUGAGCCGCACAAGGAUGCAGAGAUCCAAAAUGGAUUCUACACCUGGGUGUACACAUGGCUCAAAGGGGCGUCACAGGAGGUGUGCAACCAGGUGGAGUACGAGGUCGAUUGUUGGGUUCAGAACAUUGGCAAGUUCAGCUCGCACGUGGCUAUGGAUGCAGCCCGUAAGCAGAACCCUGCGGCAUGGUGGAAGUGCUGGUGCAAUGAGUUACAACACUUGCAGCCCCAUGCCAUUCGACUGUUGGGGCAAGGGUCGUCUGCUUCAGGCUGCGAAAGGAAUUGGAGCCUUUUCGCAGCAAUUCACACCAAAGAGCGCAAUGGCCUGGCCCCAAAGACAAUGCACAAACUAGUGUACAGCAAGUGGAACAUGCGGCUGCUUGACAUGCUGUAGCAGAUGCCGGAGAGGGCCAAAAACCUUAUUGAAUGGGAUGACCCACCGACAAAGGAAAAGCAAAAGGAGGCCAAAGAAAGAGUGAAGGUGGCUGAGCGGCGAUUGAAGAGCCUUACCUCAGCUGGUGACAAUGUUGUUCCACCUGUUGAUAGCGGGGAUAAUGAAGAUGGGGAUGAAGCUGCUGUUCCUUGCCGUGAAGAAUGCAACCUGGAGGAGAUUGAGGAGGGUCAACAUGGGGACUGGCGUGGAUUGACGAAGGCAGCCAACUUCCUAAGUAAACGUUCCCAGACAGA